AUGUCCUCUUCGCAUCCCCGCCAAUCGAGCGUAGAUCUCGAUUCUCCAGGUCGUCCGUUCGACAACAUUAUCAAUUUCCGGGACGUUGGGCGUACGAUUAACCAGUUGAUUGGGAAGAGGGUGUUGAAAGAGGGUAUCCUCUUUCGAAGUGCAAGGCUAGACGAUGCCUCUGAGCGCGACAAACGCCGUCUUGUAGACGAAUUCCAUAUCUCAACGGUCGUGGAUCUGAGAUCGAGUACCGAACAUCAAAUAGCCACCAACAAGCGCUUAGCUGAACUAGCUGCUGCCGCUUCUUCAACAGAGUCAUCAUCAACAUCAUCAACAGAGUCACCCGAAAGACAAUCAUCAACACCACCAGCACCAGCACCAGAACCAACAGCAUCAUCAUCAGCACCAACAACAUCAACAGACAUCCACCUCCCCGAUCUCCCAACCGUCACUCGCUUCCCCGUCAGCUUAACAGGGAAAGCAUUCGAGCGGACGCUUCUGUGGCGGUUAGAUUGGUGGAAUUUCUUCAAAGUCCUAGCCCUAGUAGCAUCAGGCUACCGCCCCACAGCCGUCCAAAUAGUCGGACAGCAAGUCAUGUCUCCGCGGGGAUUAGUCGGACUAGGCAUGGAUACCUUGGAUAGUAGUUAUGGGGAGAUGAAGACGUUGUUUGAUUUAUUCUCUUCUGUUACAUCCACGUCGUCCUCUACCUCUACCUCUACCGCAGAUGGCAGCGAUGAGAAUGAGACUGAGGAUAGUAGUAGUGUCUAUCCGAUUCUCAUCCACUGCACACAAGGCAAAGAUCGCACGGGUCUUAUCAUCCUUCUUUUGCUUCUGCUUGUGGCGGAUGUGGUGCCUGAGGAGGUGAUGAGGGAGGAUUAUCUCCGGUCUGAGGGUGAAUUGGUCAUUGAGAUGGAGGAGCGCAUGAAGGAGGUGAGGUUGUUGGGGUUGUCGGAGGAGUAUACCAAGUGUCCGCGGCACUUUGUGGAGACGAUUCGGGGGCAUUUGGAGGAGAGGUAUGGUGGGGUACAGGGGUAUUUGGGGACGGUUGGGGUGGGGAGGGAGCAGGUUGAGAGGAUUAGGGAGGUGUUGUUGGCUUGA